CAUGGAGCAAAUUAUGCCAUUCUCUCUCUCUUUCUCUCUCUCUCAACUCUAAAGCAGAGCACCAUAAUAAAAAGGCCUCAUUGAACGAACAACAGACACUUCCUACUUGUUGAAGCAACACAAAAGUCAUGAAGUAAACAAACCAAACAUAACAAACAAAGAUGGAGAUAGAAUCAGUGAAAUGCGAGUGUUGUGGGUUGAAAGAGGAUUGCACGCAAGACUACAUCACCCAAGUCAAGUCCAAGUUCGACGGCAAAUGGCUAUGCGGCUUGUGCUCAGAAGCAGUCAGAGACGAAGUCAGCAGAGGCAUCGAUGAAGCUGUCAAAGCUCACAUGUCUUUCUGCCGCAAGUUCAAGUCCAACCCCGCCGUUAGAGUCGCCGACGGCAUGAGGCAGAUGCUUAGGAGAAGGUCCGGCGACUUGUCUUCUUCUCCUGCAUCCUCCGCCAAGAAGUAUUCCAUUUCCAGGUCAACCUCCACUUCUCAAGUCGGUGAUUCUUCCACCUUCUCACUCUACUAAACAAACAGAGCACUCUGCAUCUGCAUGCACGCACAACAACAAAACAGAGCGUGCUCUGUUUUCUUCUUUUUGUUGGAGUAAUAAUAAUUCAUAUUUAGAUUUUAGCAUUUUCUGAUUUUCAUGUACAGUGCCUGUUAUUUCAGAUCAUAGUUUCGUAUUAAUUAUAUUCCGCUAAUCCUUCUAUGUCA